GGGAUACCUAACCCUUUUGAGGCAAACAUUUAGAGCCAUCACCUACUUAGGUACCCUAUUGGGUAGGUAUACGUCCCCUACCAUCACCGUUGCUCUCCGAAGCACCCGAGGCUAACUAUAGCCCCCGAAGGAUGUUAAUUAGGUACAGAUUCCCAUGCAUACUUCUAGAUAUUUACACAUAGAAAUACCUACAUAUAUGUAGGUAACUUCCACCUCAUACAAUUUCCAAAAAUUUCCCUGACACAACUUCCUAUAAACUCGCAAAUAUACCAACACCAUGUCUAAAAUAUUGCAACCUCACCUAUUUGACGAGCUACGAGCUCAAGCGGGCUCUGACCUUGAGAUCUUAACAGACCAGGGCAGCUCAAAAUUUCAAGAAUGUGCCAAGCGAUGGACUGACAUCGACCGCCAAACCCCCGCCGCUAUUGUUCUCCCAGAAUCCGAGGAUCACAUUCACAAGACGGUUCAAUGGGCUGUGAAAUCGUCAAUCCCUUUUGUUACCAAAAGCGGAGGACACAGUGAAUGGUCAACUAUUAACGAGCAGGGAAUCAUUAUUGAUUUAAGUAAAUAUUCUGGAGUCGUUGUCAAUGCGUCCGCAAGAAAGGCCGUGGUUAAGGGAAGUAUCCUGUCUAAAGAAGUGGCUACAGCUUUAGCUAAAGAAGGGUUUUUCACUGCACUGGGAAAUGGAAAUACAGUGGGUGCUAUCCCAUAUUUUUUAGGCGGGGGUGCAUCAAUUACCACUUCUAUAACGGGCUUUGGCUCAGACCAAAUCAUAUCUGCUCGCAUGAUCGACGCAACUGGAUCUCUUAUAGAAGUUACCGAAGAAACCGAACCAGAUCUUCUUUACGCAAUUCGAGGAGCAGGUCAAUUUUUCGGUCUCGUCACGGAAUUGACAAUCAAGGCUACUCCACUUACAGAACUCGACAAUGACCAAGGGGUUAUUUGGGUUGGAGCCUUUGUGUUCCCUCUCGACCGCGCCAAAGACGUUGCAAUAGUUAUGAAGGAUCUUAUGGACGAUAGUAGCAAGCCAACAGCAGGAUUGAUGAUGGUUCAAGCGCCACCACCAACACGAAACCCGUCUUUGGUCAUUGCGGCAAGAUUCACAGGCAAUCCUAACGAAGCUGACAUUGCAUAUAAACCACUAUAUGAUUUGAAACCUUUAGUGGCCAAGGGUGGUCCUGUACCCAUCCAAAACACCAGCGACGGUCGGGAAGCGCUUGCUGUUAAAGGAGGCUUUAAGCGAUUUGGCGUCGUCGGGUUAAGACGUUUUGAUGUAGACGGAUUUCUUAAGACAAUUGAAGUUUGGAAACGUCUGGUGGCUGAAUGUCCCGAUGCUAUCAACACUGCGUUCAAUUUCCAGUGGGAUUCAAGGUUCCCCAAGGCACCAGACUUUGAGUCUGCUAUGUCCCUUCAUGACAUAAAAUAUUGGCAGAACAAUCUAAUAUGGCAUACCGACGUCAAUAACCGGCAGAAAGUAGACGCAUUUAACGACGAGUCAAUCGCAAUCAUGCGAGGACCUGAUGUGACUGAGUACGCAGAUUUCCAAAACGGCACUCGCACAGGUCCGAUCGAAUUACGGUUCCGAGGUGCUGGUAAACUUGAAAAAUUAAGGGCGCUGAAAAAGAAGUGGGAUCCAACCGGCGUUUUCACCAGACAACUACUUGAAUGAAAGAUGGAUAUUGGAAUAGCGCUCGGGUUUAUUGAACCGUCUUUGAAAUAGAUACCACCAUAUAAAUGGGGAGGCACUACUUGCGAAACCUAUCUAGGCGUUAAUGUGAGUGAAUACAAGCCACUUGUUUUCCCAACAUGACAUCGGCGCUGGCACCUGAGUGCGCAGUAGACAACCUAUCCGAUCUGUCUCUUAAUUUCGAGGUUCAUCAAUAAGUUUGAAACCAAACCCUCUAACCAUUUCC